CAACACAAAGGCCGACUACAACACAAGAGACAACAACAACUCAAAAGCUGACAACAACAACAAAAACACCUAGUUCAACUACAACGCAGACCACAUCUGAACCGACGACAACAAUAGCGCCAACCACAACAAAAUCGUCAACCAAAUUACCAAGCACAACCACCACAGACCUGCCAAUAACCAAAGAGGCAGUUCAAACCACAACGCAAACUUCGAUUUCAACUAACACUGCAAACCCAAUAUCAAGUCCUGAGCUUGAUAAAACGACAACACCAGACUCACUUGAGGAUGAAAGUAAGGAGAGCAAACGAACUGAAACUGAUACUGAGACUGAUACAGAAGAUAAAGGCGGUUCAAUACAGGCAACAUCAAUUAUUAUAGGAGACAAGACAACUGAGACAAAUACCAAUGGCCCGGAUACAGAGGAUAAUGUUGAUAAGGGCGGAAACAUGAGUGUAACUGAAGGAACCGUUGCUGAGAUGGAGGAAACGACACCAUCCCCAGUAACUUCUCCUGAUAUACUCCCAGCUCACACUACCACAACUGUUGCUCCUGCGGGAGAGGAUGAGGGCGGGUCUAUCGUUGGUGUACACGAUAAAACACUGUAUCCUCAAUCUACAGCUGAACCAGAAACAUCCACAGUGUCAGUACCAUCAACAGCUGCUGUACAAUCAACAGCUGUGGCGCAAUUUACAACUACAACAACAACAACAAAAAUACCAAUUGUAACAAACACGACACUAACAGACAAACAAACAGCAUCGAGUAAAAUCACUGCCACAAGCACUUUAAUCGCAACAACUAAAGCUGAAACAGAUUCAACGACAACUGUAUCAGCCAAAGAUAAAACGUCAGCUGUCCAAAAACGUACAACCACAACAAUACCAGGCACGACUGCUCAAUCACCAGAAACAAAAACAAACGAGACUGCUCAAUCAAAUAUCACAAGCACAAACAAUACUCAAUCAGUGGAGAAAAGUGACUCCAUUUUAUCAAAAAAUACUUCCGUGACAAUACCUUUGAUAUUUGCAUUGACGAUAGGUGUCAUGUUUUUCUUCAUAGUGCUCAUUGUUGUCGGUAAGCGUGUCUAUGACAGCUGGCAACGACGUCAUUACUCUAAGGUGGAUUAUUUAGUCAAUGGAAUGUACAGCUAACGAUAGCAAGUAAAUACAAGAGCACAAAAUAUCCCCGGUAACAUACUUCAUUUUCGUUCGGUGCAUACGUGAAAAGAUAAGAAGGGGAUAAACUUUAUCAAACCAAUACUAUGACUUACUCUUCCCCAUCAAGAUAAAGAAAUGUGUAUGGAUAGCAUUACAUGAAAUGAAAUAUUAUAUCCUACACUGGUAGUAUUCGGAUAAUAGUUGGUGGAUUAUUGUACAAAUCGAAAUGAGUGCGCGGAAGAAGUUAUCGUGAAGUCAGCUAUGUACUAUUGAAUUAAGGAACGAUGAAACAGAUCUCUUGCAUGACAUUUUCGAAUGAAUAGCUGUAUAACAAUACUUGUAUGCAACUAAGCCCGGUCAGAAAGAGGAAUAAGGAAUAACAUAUUCGACCUACACGAUUGUUAUAACACAUCGUGGAUGCAAAUGCUUACUAUUUUUCUAUCCUGUCACUGUGUGGUGGCUCAUGGCCGUGAUGAUGACCACGGUACUUGCGCGAAAUACUUUUAGAAUUAUAAUUAAACCAUUUUUAGCUGCAGGGAAAUGCCCUUCCAUAUUGACAGUUUUGACUAGGCAA